CGUAGCCAGGAAGUGUAAAUAGCUCCGACAGAUGUUUAGCUUUUUUUCUUCUUCAAGUUCAGUAAAGUCCACAUAUUUUUUACAUUUAGAAAAUAUGCAAACCUGGAGUCUUGUAACUAUUUGUAUUUUGCUCGGUGUUAUUGUGAGAUGGGGCGUUUCGUUAAAUUCGUAUUCAGGAGCAGGCAAACCGCCCAUGUUUGGGGACUAUGAAGCACAAAGACACUGGCAAGAAGUCACCUAUAAUCUGCCUGUUAAUGAAUGGUACUUCAACACCACUGACAAUGAUUUGAAUUACUGGGGUCUUGACUACCCUCCUCUGACUGCCUAUCACAGCUUGAUCUGUGCUCACAUAGCCAAUAUAAUAAACCCAGAAUGGGUGCGGCUACACAAAUCUAGAGGAUAUGAAAGUGCGGCACACAAGUUGUUCAUGAGAGCUACAGUCUUGGUGUCAGAUUUGUUGAUAUACAUCCCUGCUGUGGUUUUAUACUGUUUGUACCUGACUGAUGGAUCAUCUAAGAGAAAGGUGUGCACUCUGCUUUGCUUCCUGCUGUACCCAGGACUGAUUCUGAUUGAUUACGGGCAUUUCCAGUACAAUGCAGUGAGCCUGGGCUUGGCCCUGUGGGGGGUUCUGUCUCUGGGUGUGGGCCAGGAUGUGUUGGGCUCCAUGGCCUUUUCUCUGGCUCUCAACUACAAACAGAUGGAGCUGUACCACGCUCUGCCCUUCUUCUGUUACCUGUUGGGCAAGUGUGUGAAAAUGGGCCUGAUGGGGCGAGGGUUAUUCUUACUACUGAGAAUCGCUGUAAUGGUGUUGGCUACGUUUGGUCUGUGCUGGCUACCGUUCCUGUCUGACCCCAGCCAGAUCUCUCAGCUGGUCAGGAGGAUCUUUCCAUUGGCUCGUGGCCUAUUCGAGGAUAAGGUAGCCAACACAUGGUGCAGCUUGAACACCCUGAUAAAGAUCAAAACCAUCCUGUCCAGUGACAUGCAGCUCUACCUCAGUUUAGCCUCCACGUUCCUGGCUGUCCUGCCAUCCUCCAUCAGACUUCUGACAAAACCCACAUUCUGGCAGUAUAAACUGGCACUGGUCAAUUCAUCUCUGGCGUUUUUCCUCUUCUCCUUCCACGUCCAUGAGAAAUCCAUCCUUCUGGCUGCCUUGCCUGUCUGCCUUCUGUUGAGUGACCUCCCCUUGAUUACCAUUUGGUUCCUGCAGGUUUCUAUAUUCAGCAUGCUCCCACUGCUUCUCAAGGACGGCCUGCUGGUGCCUUACAUUGUGACCUCGCUGGCCUUCUUAUACUUCAGUGUGUACCUCCUGUCUGCACUGGAGCACUGUUCAGAGGACUCGCUGAGACUGGGAGGCUACCACAAGAUGCUUUUCUUCCUCCCUAGAUUGGAUCUGGCGUGUGUCGUAAGAUGGAAGUUCUACAUCAGCAUCGCAGCCAUGGCUGGUCUGAGCGUCAUGAGCGUAGUGCUGGUUCCUCCACCGCAGCUGCCUGACUUGUUUCCUCUCUUAGUGUCUACUUUUGCUUUUGUACACUUCCUGGGAACGUUUAUGUAUUUCAACAUGGUGCAGUUCAGCCAGCCGCCCAGGAGAAAGAGCCAGAAGAAGAGCAACUGAAUGGUGCCGCAGGUAUUGAUGGAAAUGUUUUUGGUGAAAUUUGCUCCAACAAAACCUCUGUUGCAGUCCUGGACUACAUCUCAUCUUUAUUUUUGUUUUUCCUUUUUGGCAUAUUUUGUGGAAAACAUGUUAAAUAGUUCAAACCAACAAGCAGACGUGGGCAGAAAUGUAACUUCUUUGGCAAAGAUGAGACAGAAAUGGCUUAUUUUAGCUUUCAGACAUUCACUCAAUAAAUAUGACUGCCUGUUAUGGGAAAUAGACUUUUCUUUAAUUCCUUUUUUUGUGUGUGUGUGUGUGUGUGUGUGUGUGUGUGUGUGUGUGUGUGUGUGUGUGUGUGUGUGUGUGUGUGUGUGUGUAGUCGUUAAGUUGCAGUAUUGCUGGUUAAUCUCAGGGUUUGCCUGAAGGUUCGGUGUGGCCUCAGCAGUGACACUGGUGGUCAUAUGUGUCAAUUACAAGUCAGUGUAUCCAUCGUUUGUACAUCUGUUCAAAGAAUCACUAUUGUACACCUAAUGUGACCAAACUUAAGUUUCAAUGUUUAGCAAAGACACAUGAUCGUGAUCUAUCUAUGUGAAUUUUUUUUUCUCUCUUAGUGCAGCAGAUAACAGAAUACUUAGAGGAAUCUUUCACCUGACCACCUAUUGAAAACUCAAGUGGCCAGUCAGUUUUUUCAAGAGUGAUGUCUAAGGAGUAUGUGUGCCAAUUUUGGUGCUCGUUUCCAGAAGUGAACAAUUAUUACAGUUAUCUGGUCCACUAUAUAUGGCUUUCUGUAUCUCCAUCAUGGGAAUAAUUUGUAUAAAGUUGUGUUCUUAUGAAAAUAAAUAAAAUCUAAGUGAAAUCUGUUUUUUAAGGCUGCAGUGCAGGUUAAUCUGACUUGAAGUGGCUUCAUAAACUGUCUACCCAGAAGUCUGCUAAAUUAUCCUCAACAGUGCAGCAGAGGCAAUAAUUAGACAAAAAUGAUCUUUUGCAGCUUUUACUCGACACCAUCAAAUAUUCAUUAAAACUCCUCGAUACUACAAAGGUUCUGCACAUAAGAUGUGAACAUUUAAACACAACCGGUGACAGGACAGACCUUUAGAAAGGAGACAGAGCAGAACAUAAUGCGAUAAAGUUGAAAUACCAGAGAAAAAGGUAUAAGCAGUUCCUUUCUCCAAUCUCUGUGCGAGUUAAUGACGGGCAAAAAAAAAAAAAUCCAUUACCACUAUAAAUGUUAUUAGGUCAGUUGGGGUUGCCUGUGCAUGUAAGGCCAACAACAGGCCACUGGGACAAAUAGGAAUUCAAGGUCUAACUUACACAGAUGAUUGGAGGCGCUGUGAAAGGUCCUGCCUUCCUCUUUUGUCACGUGUAUAUAAUGUCAUGCCCAUUUUACAGGGAAAAAUUAUAAUUUAUGUAACUAAUGGAGGCAUACAACUAAUGUGACAAGAAUCAAAUGUAAAAGCAA